AAACCGAAAUGCGUAAACAUUUUGCGUUUAUUUUAAAGUUCGUGAUUGUAGCUUUUUGCUAUGUUCAGUGUUUAUCGAACAUUCCGUCAUCUUGCACAACGGAAACUGCAUAAUUCAUCCCGUCUUCCACUAUCAGUGAUCGUUAAAAAUGAAUUUUCUAUUGCACGACUGCUUGGAUACUCUAUCGUAGGUUCCGUGGUGUCCGGAACAGUCUACGACGGCGCUGUGCACGAAUUCGAAAACAUCCAAGGAGCACAUCGUUUCCUCCGAUCGCUUAGCAUUGGUCUCAGCAUAUCCCUCGAUUAUGCAUGGAGCUUGAAAGGUCUGAACGAAUGUGAUGACCUCUAUGAAACGGUCCUACAAAAAGUUCAUCUACGGUCAGCUCAGAAACUUCUCGAUGGAUGUCUCGCCAACGGAGGUCUGUACAUUAAAAUUGGCCAAGGAGUGGCCGCCAUAAACCACAUCAUACCAAAAGAGUACGUUCAAACAUUACGCCAACUUGAGGACAGAUGUCUUACUCGCCAGCCCGAUGAGGUACGUUCGUUGUUUGUAGAGGAUUUUGGAGCUCCUCCCGAGGAGGUGUUUGCUAGCUUUCAGUACGAACCGAUUGCGGCCGCCAGCUUAGCGCAAGUGUUCCGUGCCGUAACACACUCUGGCGAAAAGGUCGCGGUCAAGGUGCAAUAUGCCGAUCUGCGCAAACGAUUCGACGGUGACCUGAGAACGAUAAUGUUCCUUCAGAAGCUGGUCGCAUUGAUACAUAAAAACUACAAUUUCGGGUGGAUCAUCGAUGACCUUCAAGGAACGUUGCGAGAGGAGCUCGAUUUCGUUCACGAGGGUAAAAAUGCAGAACGAUGCGCAAAGGACCUCGAAAAGUGUGACUUUGUCUACGUACCUAAAGUGUUCUGGGGCUUUACGAAUGAACGUAUCCUGACGUGCGAGUACAUCGAUGGAUGUAAAAUAAACGACCGCCAGUCAAUAGAUGCACAGCUUUUCAACGUUUCCGAGAUCGAUCGUCAACUGUUCACGGCUUUUGGACGACAGAUCUUUUCCACAGGUUUCGUUCACGCCGAUCCUCACCCGGGUAAUGUCUUCGUGCGUAAAAAUCCAUCCAAUCCCAAACGAUUGCAACUGGUGCUACUAGACCAUGGAUUGUACGAGCAGCUGCCACCGGACGUUCGGCAAAAUUUAUGUAGAUUUUGGGAAGCGAUCGUACUACGUGAUUACUCAGGAAUGGAAAGGUUCGCAAAACUGCUCAACGUCUCCGACUAUCGUACAUUUGCAGAAAUUCUCCUGCAACGCCCACUGCAUCUCAAAGGGCCGGCUAAAACACGACUCACCGAGCAGGACUUGGCUUAUAUGACCAAGCAGGCGAAAGAGCACUUUGAUCGUAUUAUGACUACUUUACGAUGUAUGCCUCGCAAUCUAAUCCUCGUCAUUCGCAACCUCAACACCAUACGCUCAAUCGCCCGCGAUCACGAUGAUCCGAUCGAUCGACCAACCAUUCUAGCUCGCUGCGCACUUGCAGCACUCUGUCCAUCGCGGUUGGAUGUGCGCAAUUUUGUGUGGGUCACCUUUCGACGGUUACGCUUCGAGUUUAUACUUUGGCGGCAAUCAUUUCAUUACUGGAUCGUAAGCAAUUAUCUCCGGUUGUUGACUAGGAUUGGUCGCUCACCUGAUACCUCCCACCUGAUGAAUAUUCAGAUAAAUGUCUGAUGACCAAUUUGCAGGUUAUUGAUCGUUCGGAUCUGCCAACGGUCGAUUUGCAGCUCAGACACAACACAUACGAACCGCACAGCAAUCUUAAAUAUAAAUGUUGUUUUUAUGACAAGACUGUAGUUGAAUAAAGUCCAUAGAUUAGU